AUGAAGUGCUUUUUAGUCGGUUUCGUUUUUGUCUGGGCGAUGUUGCAGCAGAGCAACAUGAACUUGACUCUACCUGCCACAGCAUUAAACUGCUGUGAAGGCAAUAUUCUCAUUUUGCUGGACUCCUCGGGAAGUGUGGCAAACUAUGAGUUCUCACGCCUGGUGCACUUUUCUGCCGAGCUGCUUCACCCCUUCUCGCUGGGCCGUGGGCACGUGAGAGUCAGCCUGCUGCAUGUAGGAACCACCCCACACCUUGAAUUCGGCCUGGACGCCCACAACAAACAGGAAAGUCUGCAGAAAGCUCUGCGGAGGGUCAAACAGUUGCAGGGAGACACCAACACUGAGGCAGCACUCAGAGUGGCUCAGCAUCUCCUGACAGAGACAGGGACUGAGGUGCCAAGGAUCCUACUGUGGCUGACUGAUGGCGUGCAGCCUGGAGAGGUGGAUGAGUUGAUGUCAGAGCUGAAGGCGCAGGGAGUUUCUGUGUUGGCUGUGUCUACAGUGUAUGGCAACUACCAGGUGUUACAGCGCGCAGUGACACCUCCUCUAGAGUCCCACCUCUACUCUGUGGACAUAGAUAACAUCGACAUCAUCACCGAGGACAUAAGGGAGGCCAUCAUCAAAAUUAUUUGUGCAAAACAGCUGCGUGUGGUUCAGGUGACAUCCCACAGUGCUGUGCUGCAGUGGUGUCCUGUUAUAAGCGCAGGCAGCGGUUUCUAUAAACUCUUGUAUAGCGCUGGUAAUAGGAACACUGUGAUCAGACGCAAUCUCCCGGGUGGCUCCAGCUUUGCAGAGCUGACCCACCUGAGGCCUAAUACCAACUACACAGCCUUACUCACCCCAGAGUCCAACCAGAGGCUGUUUGAUACUCUAGGAGUGAACUUCACCACUCUUCCUGAUGUUUUAAGCCCGUCAGUGGUCUCAGUGUCAGACUCCGGCCCUCAUCAGAUCCAUGUGAGCUGGGGUCCCCUGCAGCCAGCUCAGGUCCAGAGAUACACGGUGGAGUAUGGAGCGAUUCCAAGUGGCCUGGUCCAGACCGUGAAGUUAGACAGUCAAAAGAACUCCACUUUACUAACUGAUCUGGAUCCAGGCACUCAGUACCUGAUCACAGUCAGUGCUCUGCAUGUGGAUGGGAAGGAAAGAGCCAUGUCUGUGAAAGCAUGCACUCAGAAAGCAGCUCUGCCUGCCCUGGCUGACCUUCAGCUGACCCCACUGGAGCACCAGGAGGCACAGGUUGCAUGGCAUGCCCAUGAGGAGGGCCUGAGAGGCUACUGGCUUAGUUGGGAGAGAGAAAACUCCUUCGGCUCCUCAAAGUCCUCAAUUUCCUCCGCCUACCUGCCCCGUACCUCUCGUUCAAUGCGGCUCACGCACCUCUCCCAAAGCAGUCGAGUGUGUGUGUCUCCUGUGUACAACUCGGGCAGAGGAGAUGGGAUAUGUUGCACUGCAGAGAAGCAAAGAGAUUCCAGUCAGAGGGGUUAA